AUGUCCAACUUCCAACAAUACACAUUGGAGCUUGAAGAGCUUGACAGGCAAUUCAAGACACAGAAUCCAACAGAUGUGCUUCAGUUUUGUUACAAUUAUUUUGGCAACAGAUUGCAACAACAAAGACAGUAUCUGUGGAGUCAAAAGCAGAAAGCCGAUACUUUGGGUUUGACGCUUUUCCCUUCGACUGAUGAGAUUGCUCGCGACGUGCAGCGCAAGUCUGUCCCUCAGUUCAAAAACACUCUCUCGGAUAAUGACCCUCACACGAAACACCAGACUCUCGAGUCAGAGGAUCCUCAAGCAAAAUCAUCUGGGGAACCAUCUGCAGGCCUUUUCAAGACAUCGUUUGAGUCAUCCCAGGCUUCACCAUUCCAUACCUCUGCAUCGUCAUCAGGUGCCGCAUUGAGUCCCACGGAUGGCUCUCAACCUUUCAACAGUACCAAUUACUCUGGCUUUGCGGCAUCGGCUGCAAAGUCCACCAUGAGGAUCAACGCCAACAGGAGAACCAGUGUUUCUGCAGAAACUCUGAACCCUGAGACGUUUGGUGAGGAUGGAUGGAAACCUCCUGUGCAUCAAUUCACAUCUGAGCAAUUGCAAAGAUUAAAUGCCAGCGUUGUCAAAAACUUCCUGUUCAGUCAAUUGGACGAAGACUCACUCAAAACGAUUAUCUUUGCUUUGGAAGAGAAGCGCGCACCCCAAGGAACAGAGAUCAUCAGACAGGGAGAUGAAGGAGAUUUCUUUUAUGUGGUGGAGAAAGGAACAGUUGACUUUUUCGUGAACGGCCAGAAAGUUAACAGUUCUGGACCUGGCUCUUCUUUUGGAGAACUGGCUCUCAUGUAUAACUCGCCUAGAGCGGCAACAGCAAUUGCGCAGAGCGACUGUAUUCUGUGGGCCCUGGAUAGAAUGACGUUCAGAAGAAUCUUGCUGGAAGGAACAUCCAAGAAAAGAUCCAUGUACGAGAAUUUUCUCAAAGAGAUACCUUUGCUCAAGUCUCUGUCGUCUUACGAGCGCUCGAAGCUCGCAGAUGCGCUCAACUCGGAAGUUUACGCUGUUGGCCAGAAUGUUGUGACAGAGGGAGAAGCCGGGGAGAAUUUCUACUUCAUUGAGAGCGGGACGGCAGAUGUUAUCAAAUCCGAUGAGGGUGUGGUGUCGAAACUCAACAAAGGUGACUAUUUCGGAGAGCUUGCAUUGCUCUACGAUUCUCCCAGAAAAGCAACCGUCAAGGCUACUAGUCCGCUGAAAGUCGUCACUCUUGGAAAGAGCGGAUUCCAGAGACUUUUGGGACCUGCCGUUGACGUGCUCAAAUUACAAGACCCUACAAAACAUUGA